AUGCCGUAUGGGAAAACUGUGGGUUACAUGCGGUAUGGGAAAACAUAUGUGGGUUACAUGCGGUAUGGGAAAACUGUGGGUUACAUGCGGUAUGGGAAAACAUCUGUGGGUUACAUGCGGUAUGGGAAAACAUCUGUGGGUUACAUGCGGUAUGGGAAAACAUCUGUGGGUUACAUGCGGUAUGGGAAAACUGUGGGUUACAUGCGGUAUGGGAAAACUGUGGGUUACAUGCGGUAUGGGAAAACUGUGGGUUACAUGCGGUAUGGGAAAACUGUGGGUUACAUGCGGUAUGGGAAAACAUCUGUGGGUUGCAUGCGGUAUGGGAAAACAUCUGUGGGUUACAUGCGGUAUGGGAAAACAUCUGUGGGUUACAUGCGGUUUUGGAAAACAUCUGUGGGUUGCAUGCGGUAUGGGAAAACUGUGGGUUACAUGCGGUAUGGGAAAACUGUGGGUUACAUGCGGUAUGGGAAAACAUCUGUGGGUUACAUGCGGUAUGGGAAAACAUCUGUGGGUUACAUGCGGUAUGGGAAAACAUAUGUGGGUUACAUGCGGUAUGGGAAAACUGUGGGUUGCAUGCGGUAUGGGAAAACAUCUGUGGGUUGCAUGCGGUCUGGGAAAACAUCUGUGGGUUACAUGCGGUAUGGGAAAACAUCUGUGGGUUACAUGCGGUAUGGGAAAACUGUGGGUUACAUGCGGUAUGGGAAAACAUCUGUGGUUUGCAUGCGGUAUGGGAAAACAUCUGUGGGUUACAUGCGGUAUGGGAAAACAUCUGUGGGUUACAUGCGGUAUGGGAAAGCAUCUGUGGGUUGCAUGCGGUAUGGGAAAACUGUGGGUUACAUGCGGUAUGGGAAAACUGUGGGUUACAUGCGGUAUGGGAAAACAUAUGUGGGUUACAUGCGGUAUGGGAAAACUGUGGGUUACAUGCGGUAUGGGAAAACAUAUGUGGGUUACAUGCGGUAUGAAGAAAAUCUGUUGGUAAUGUAUGAUAACAAGGCACAUAUUUAG